CAGCUGGCUUCUGGUUGCAGUGCUCUGCUGAGACCAGCUCCAGACCCCUGAACUUUGGGAACAGCCCCUGGGAUUCCCUCAAGAUGUCUGUGGAGGUAGCCCUCAGAACAGGCAGGGUCAGAUGGAGAGAAACAUUUAUCAUUCAACUGAAGAUGACCCACGGGGUUACUGGAAGCAGAGAGGCUCCUUUCUUGGAACUGCUCCAUUUCUUAGGCCUUUGUCCCUCUUCCCCUCCCUCGUGAUGUUGAGGUUGGGGUGUGGGGUCAGAGGUGUUCUGUGGUACAGGAGGUAUUUGGGGUGCAUCCGUUGCCUCCCCUCACCCCCUCACAUGGACAGUGAGCAUGAGACCCUUCCCUAGCCUUGAGUACCUUCACCCAAGUCUGAAGACAGCUGGGUUUGGAAACAGUAGUGUGCAGGGAGGUUAAAGGUACUGGUUGCUUGUGCCAGCUCUGGCUGAUUUCAUGUCCCCUGGGUACAACAGGCUGGCCCUGGGGCCCAGGGUCACUCUCAGCCAUGCUGAUGUGGAGGGAGAAGGGAAAGCAGGUCUAUACUGGGAGAAGCAUUAGCGACCAGCCGUCACAAGCAGGCCUGGGGGUGAGGGGCUGUCCUCACUCGGAGUGAGAGAAGCAGGCAGGGGAGGCACAAGAAACGUGCCAGGUGAGGAGUGUUAGGGAUACAAAGAGCUUACACAAUCCGGUGUGGGAGACAGUUCCAUUCACUCAUUCAACAGGCGUUUAUGCCAGCCAGGGCACUGAGGGUACAGGAGUGAACAAGACAAAAUGUCAUUACCCCCUUGGGCAAGGCAGUGGGGAACACAUAUAAAAUAGUCACACAAGUAACUGCAAAACUAAAAUAAUUACAACCUUCACAAGUGAAAGGCAGAAGACACACGCCCUGGGAUUGCCCUGGCCCAGGAGGCUAGAGGUCACCCGGGCCGGCCCAGGUCCCACUUCCGCAGGCCUGUCGGUCUAUCCACCCCUCAAGCCAUCGAGCUCUGCGCGUCCUUGCUGCGGCCCGGGGGCUGGGCAGCACUCGCCCUUCUCCCUCCAGGGCAGUAGGGGGCGGUGCGGCGCCGCCCUCCGCAAUCCCGACAGCCCUCGCGCGGGCGCGCGGCUUUAAGCGAGCGGAAGAGCACGCACGCUAGGCCGGGCGGGCGGAAGCGGCGCACACGCCCGGCGCCGCCAUGCCCGGGGACCACCGCCGCAUCCGCGGCCCGGAGGAGUCGCAGCCGCCGCAGCUGUACGCCGCCGACGAGGAGGAGGCGCCCGCCGCUCGCGACCCGACGCGGCUGCGGCCUGUGUACGCGCGCGCCGGGCUGCUGAGCCAGGCCAAGGGCUCGGCCUACCUGGAGGCGGGGGGCACCAAGGUGCUGUGCGCCGUGUCUGGUCCGCGCCAGGCCGAGGGCGGCGAGCGCGGCGGCGGCCCGGCCGGAGCGGGCGGCGAGGCCCCGGCCGCGCUGCGCGGCCGCCUGCUCUGCGACUUUCGCCGCGCGCCUUUCGCGGGCCGCCGGCGCCGCGCGCCCCCGGGGGGUGGCGAGGAGCGCGAGCUGGCGCUGGCCCUGCAGGAGGCGCUCGAGCCAGCCGUGCGCCUGGGCCGCUACCCGCGCGCGCAGCUCGAGGUGUCGGCGUUGCUGCUCGAGGACGGCGGCUCGGCCCUGGCCGCCGCGCUCACGGCCGCCGCGCUUGCCCUGGCCGACGCGGGCGUCGAGAUGUACGACCUGGUGGUGGGCUGCGGCCUGAGCCGUGCGCCGGGGCCCGCGCCCACCUGGCUGCUGGACCCCACGCGGCUCGAGGAGGAGCGCGCCGCCGCCGGCCUCACGGUGGCGCUCAUGCCCGUUCUCAACCAGGUGGCCGGGCUGCUGGGCAGCGGGGAGGGCGGCCCGACCGAGAGCUGGGCUGAGGCCGUGCGCCUGGGCCUCGAGGGCUGCCAGCGCCUCUACCCCGUCCUGCAGCAGUGCCUGGUGCGGGCCGCCCGCCGGAGGGACGCCGCCGCGCCGCUCUGAACCAGAAGCCAGGGCAACGACGGACGCCGUGGACCGAGCUGCCGCGAUCCCCGAAAGGACCCGCCCCUUCGGCUUCCAUGCUGGGCUGAGCUGAGAACUCAGAGCGCGGGAGAGGAUCUGGGGAGGCCUGCGCGGAACUGAUGCCCUGGACAGGUGUGUUGGAAGGGCUUUUUACGAAUUGUUCCGUCAAAGAAACUUUACUUGAGCUGGCUGCCAUCUACGAACCAGUUGAAGAAACCUGUGAUGCAACCUGACUCCCAAGUUCGAAAGGACUUCCGAGACCUGGAGCUAUGGUCUUGUAAGGGGUGGAUCCUAUGCAGGCCAGCCAGUGACUCCCUCCUGUAUAGCUGGGCUGCUUUUGAGGGAAUGGACAAGGAAGCUGUGCCUUCUCACUUACAGCUGAGCUAAAACAAAAACAAAACUGUUUUAUAUCUGAAAAA